CACGACUCACGGGCCGUCGGCAGUCGGCGCCGAGUUCCUUUUCUUCUCUGCCGCGUCUUCUUCAUAUUUUCUCUUCAAACCGUCAUAUCCUUUCUCCCUCUCUAUAUCGGUCGAUUGUUUCGUUUCUCAGAAUCGAUUGAUUGGAGUUCUAAUCAGAACUCAGCAUCAGAGAUUAGGACGAUAAAAGAUGCCGGGGCUAACAUGUAAUGCCUGUAACAAAGAAUUUCUAGACGUCGAGGAGCAAAAGCUUCACUACAAAUCCGAAUGGCAUCGAUACAAUCUUAAGCGCAAGGUAGCUAAUGUUCCUGGGGUUACUGAGGCAUUGUUUUUAGCUAGACAAUCUGCUGCUGCUGCACAAGAGAAUGCCAAAUCAAGAGAGACCUCGAUGUUAUACUCAUGUGGUCUUUGUAGCAAAGCUUAUAGGAGUGCCCAGGCUCAUGCUCAACAUCUUAAAUCUAGGAGUCACAUCAUUCGAGCUUCGCAAGGAGCACAUGAUCAAGAAGUUGAAAAGCCAAUAAUUAAGCCCCUUCCUCAGCGAAUUUCCAAUAAGGUACCCCAACAAAGUGAGGAGGAAGAGAGUGAGGAGGAGUGGGAAGAAGUUGAUCCCAACGAAGUCAUGGUUGAUGGAAAUGAGGACCAGGAUGAUGAUAUUGAUGACAUUGAGGUGGACUUGGAUCCAUCAUGCUGCUUCAUGUGUGAUCUAGAGCAUGAUACCAUUGAAAGUUGCAUGGUCCACAUGCACAAGCAACAUGGAUUCUUUAUUCCUGACAUUGAAUAUUUGAAGGAUCCAAAAGGCUUCCUUACGUACAUCGGCCUGAAGGUGAUGAGGGAUUUCAGGUGUCUGUACUGCAAUGAUAAUUGUCUUCCUUUUAGCAGCUUGGAAGCUGUUAGGAAGCACAUGGAAGCGAAAAGCCAUUGCAAGGUGCAUUAUGGCGAUGAAGACGAGAAUGAGGAAGUAGAAUUGGAAGAAUUUUAUGAUUACAGCAGCAGUUAUGUGGAUGGAAGUGGCAACCAGCUCGUUCCAUCAGGGACUCGGGACAAUACUGUCGAAUUUGGUAGUGGUGGAGCUGAGCUGAUUUUAGUUCAAGGAACCAGCGAACGGAAGUCGACCAAAACACUUGGUUCCAGGCAAUUUCUACGUUAUUAUCGCCAAAAACCACGACCAUCUCCUGCAAAUGAUGCAGCCAUGACUGCCGUAUUGGCAGCAAGGUACAGGAGCAUGGGAUUGGCAACAGUCCAGUCAAGAGAAAAGAUGAUCAGGAUGAAGGUGAUGAAAGAAAUGAAUCGAACCGGGUUGGAAGCUAUGCGUACCAAAAUCGGAUUGAAGAACAACGUAAUCCGGAACCUGCCCAAGAAUGUUCCAUAUUAGACUGGUAUUUUAGUAGCCUUACAUUACAUUAUCUUUAAAAUCUAAAUGCUUAUAUGAUGGAAGAACAUCGAUUCUAACAGGGUGUAGUUUAAAUGUGCUGUAAUCUGGGACGUUUUCUGCCUAUAUUCUCUUAAACACCACAAAGUUUUGUUUAUCUGUUUAGUCGAUAAUAAAUUAUAUUUGCAUCUUUUAUGGUUGA